AUGCCACUUUUAUACAAUUGGCUGCUUUAUUUUAGAAUGUAAAAUUCAACAAAUGCGACCGGUGAAUUGUAUCGAUUGGAAUUGUAUCGUUUCUACGCCGUAUCGAAUCGUAUCGGCUCACUGUUUUUAAAAUAUAUCAUUUCUGAAUCGUACCUUAACCCGGGGAUCGAGAUGCGUAUCGAAUCGUUUAACACAAACACAUUUACAUCCCUACUUAUUAGAGAUGAAAGCUUAUUUCUGUGAUUAAUUAUGAGUUAACUAUGGGCAAAAAUGUGAUUAAUCGCAAUGAAAUGUCUUCAUUGAUUGACAGCCCCAAGAACAUAUAUAUUUUAUAAUAAAUCACAUUUAUAAAGGACGGCCCCACCCCCUUGUAAAAACGCCUGGCACUCUCUGCAGUUGAGUAAGAAACCCCACUCUAUGGGAAGCUUGUUACCUUAUUAUGUAUUAUUGCACUACAAAUUUGACGUGAUCUGUUCUGUAGUUAUUUAUUUGUUCUUAUUUGAUUCCCUUUCUUAUCUCUCCUUUUGUUUUGUGAUGAAGUGAUUAAUUCAUUCAAUGCCAAAGACGUAUCGAUAUGUUUUUUUAAAAGCCGAACGCUUGCUCCCAAAGACGUAUUUGUACCACUGGAGGCAAAAAGAGGUGAUUACGUGGGCCACUUGUCAAGCAGUAAAACGGGCACAAGGAGGCAGAAGUGCAUUUGAUAAGCUCAGCGUGGCUCAUUUGCACUAUUAACACUCUCUACUGCAAGGAGGAAGUGAGAGAGCGUGGAGGAGUGUAGUGUGCACACACACACACACACACACACACACACACACACACACACACACAGCUGUUUAGAUAGUUGAGCUGUCACAAAAGCAACAGAUUUGUGUCAAAGUGAAAGUCAUGCUAGAAAUGUAUCUUUUCACAAAAAGCUGUUUUUCUCCCUUUUCUCGCUGGGAACUGAUAUUUGCCUGAAACGUUCCUGAAAUGUUCUACUGCUGAUUACUAAAGAACGCAAAAAGGGACAAACAACCUUUUUUUUCUGUUGAAAGACGACAGUCUAAUCUUGGAUGAUGUUUAUAUCGCCAAAGAACACAAUAUUCUGUGUGCCUUUAAGUAAAUCAGUCAAAAUGGUCUAAAAUGGCCGCUACUGAAGGGAUUGUCUUAUGAAAAAUGGCUGGGAUUGAAUGAGUUCAGUUUCUGAUGACAUGUUUGCAUUUGUAUACAUACUAAUAUAUAUUUCUAGGUCAUUUCAUCAUUUCAAAGGCUUUCAUGUUGUAGUUUGUAAGCUAUGAUUGUAUUAUUUGGGGGUGGCCCAGUAGAGGAGGAGCAGGAGGAGGAGGAGGAGGAGAUGAUGUUUUCCCUUCACCCCUUCCGGACUCCACUUUAGAUCUCAAGAGGAGCAAAAGUUUGAGCUGGAAAAAGCUGGUGAGGAUGAAGACACUGCUGGUGUUUCUGGCCUGUGUGGUCCUUCUGACCAUCAACACAGAUGCCAACCCCGUCAUCAAGGAAAGCUUUGCUAAGCAGCUCCUCCGUAGCAAAAGGCAGGAAAGGCCAAGGAAGGCCGGCCAUCCUGAUGAGCCAAUGAGGGAGCACAUGCUCCACCUGCAGGCUCUGGACCAGAGGGCACAGGAGACCAACAUGGAGCACUGGCUCAACCCUCACUGCUACCCACGCUGUGACAGGAACUACGGAUACCCUGUCUGAUGAUGAUGAUGAUCACAAAGACCAGAGACAAACGCGGCAGAACGAUGGCAAAAGAAAAAGCUCCCGAUACCGACAUGUGUGACGACAAAAAAGGCAUUAGUUUGUCAGAAUGCAUGCCUUUGUAGUUAAUGUUCUAUAUAUAACGUAGUAAAUGUGUGUGUGUGUUACAUAUAUAUCGGCAACUUCUAAUAGUGUGUGUGUGAACUAAUU